GGUCGCUGUUUCCCAGCACCCCUUGCGCUGCUGCCAUUCUGUGUACGGAAGAGACGGAUCCCGGGAGCGGAGCAUGGAGAGCGCGGGGGGAGGGGCCGGGGUGGUGUUCGAGGACGUGGCGCUCUAUUUCUCGCAGGGCGAGUGGGAGUAUUUAGAAGAAUGGCAGAAGGCGCUGUACAAGGAGGUCAUGAUGGAGAACUUCGAGCUGGUGACAUCACUGGGGCUGCUGAUUCGCAGAGCAAACUGGUCCAAGCUGGAGGCAGAUGAGUCGCCCUCUCGCUGGGGUUCGGCAGAGUUCCCCAAUGUUCAUGAUGAGGAACCUGAGCUGAAUAUCACCAUUAAAGAAGAAGAUGAUGAUGAUGAUGAUGAUGAUGCUGCAAUGACUUCAUCCCCCACAUCUGACCUCCAGGAUUAUCCCUAUCGGGGUAAUAGGGGUUCUGGGUUCGGUGGACGGGUGGGCUGUCUGUCGGAGGCUCUGCCGUCUGCCUCCUCUCCGUGCCGGUUUUUCUCACGUUCUGCCUCCCAGGUGGCGGAGGAGGCAGUCGACCCCGAGAGACCCUAUUCCUGCCCUCACUGCCAUCGCAGCUUCAUUCGCAAAUCGCACCUCACCAGCCAUCAGCGCACUCACCGCGGAGAGCGGCCCUACUCCUGCGACGUCUGCGGCAAAAGCUUCCACUACCGCCACCAUCUGGUGGGGCAUCAGCGCAUCCACACCGGUGAAAAGCUCUUCUCGUGCGAGUACUGCGGGAUUCCGUUCAAUCACAAGGGGAACUACCAGACGCACCUGCGCCUGCACACGGGCGAGAGACCCUUCUCCUGCGAACUCUGCAGCAAAAGCUUUAACCGCAAGGCUGACCUCAUCACCCACAGCCGCGUGCACACCGGAGAGAGACCGUUCACGUGCGCCGACUGCGGCAAGAGCUUCAGCCGCAAGCAGCACCUGGUGACCCACCGCCGCCGCCAUACAGGUGAGACGCCGUUCCCCUGCGACCGCUGCGAGGAGAGGUUUGCCCAGAGGAAGAUGUUGCUGCGGCACCAGGAGCUGGUUCACCGAGCGGCGCGGCCCCACAGCUGUGCGGCGUGCGGGAAGGGAUUCGCCUGCCACUCGCACCUCCUGACGCACCAGCGAGUUCACCAGAACGGAGGAAGGAGCUGCGGGGCCGAGGGGAAGCCCUUCUCCUGCGACCAGUGCCGGAAAAGCUUCGCCGCGCAGCCGCACUUACAGGCCCACCAGAAAACGCAUUCCGGCGCGCCAGGCGAGAGGCCGUACACCUGCGCCGACUGCGGCAAAGGAUUCAAUAACCGGCAGUAUUUAAGCCGCCACCAGAAGAUCCACACCGGGGAGCGUCCGUUUCGCUGCAACGUGUGCGGGGACAGCUUCAUCCAGAAACCCAACCUAGAGAGGCACAAGAGCAUCCACAGCGGGCAGCGGCCCUUCCCCUGCCUGGUGUGCGGGGGCAGCUUCUUCAAAAAGCACAACCUGGUGCGACACCAGCGCAUCCACACCGGCGAGAGGCUGCACUUCAGCUGCAAAGUGUCUCAGCCGCCGGCGCGGCCGCUGUCUUUGUCGUCGAAGGACGAUUGCAGGGAGCGCAACGGUACCGCCGAGCCUCCGGCCGACAACCCCUGCAGGAACGUCUGCUGCAAUCGCACCGGGGGCCGCGAUGAACAGUGA